AUGACCGGCGCUAUUGGUAAUGCAUCGAAGGCCGUGCCCAAUAAGCAAGGACAAGGAUGUACCAGCUGCACCACUCUCACCGGCGAGAGAUCGAUUGGAAUUGCUCGACAUGAUAAUGAUCUGUUACCAUCGGUCAACUUGGGGAGUCCCCUACCUCCGGACAUGGAGAUGUACAAUUCUGCGCAAGCAGAUGAUCAGUCUGUCUCGCCAGUGGAGAAUGUUCAAUUUGAACAGGUUGGCCCGAAUGACUUUCCUUCAUCAUCUGGAUAUAUGACUCCCUCCAAAAUCCCUGUGCAGGGAGCGGGCUGUCAAAACCGUGCAUUCCUGAUCCCGGAGAGUUUUCGAGAAUCUAAUCCUCGCGUGUCCAUCCCUGUGCAAACCAGUCAAGUGCUCCAACAGCAUCAUCUUCCAAUCUUGGUCCGUUGUGUUAGUUUUUCCGAGUCAUGCCAACCAUGGAGCGCUUCAUUUUCGGCGGAAGAUGCACUGUGCAUGCCAGAUAAUGUGACCCCUGUGCCAGUCGCGACAUGGAAUGGAAACCUUGAGAAAUGGCAGCAGCCGCUACAGGAAUUCCCUCCAGGUUUGGACCAUGAUGAUCCUUGGAGCUCUCUGGGCCAUCAUCCCAUUUCAAGCCCAAUUUUGGUCAAAAAUACUCAUCCCCAUCACGAGGGGUAUGGUUCAAUCCUAAAAGCACAGGAUGAUGAUGCUAAUGUUGGAACCAUUACACAGCACCAGAAACUGAAUGGCUUGCCUGGAAAUAUAUAUGAACAUACCGCCGAUGAGAAUUUCGAAGGUUUGGCAAGUUUCGCCGCCAGCAAAUCUAACCCAUCCACGUUCAUUGCUGCUUCGGACUGUUGGAGCUCUGACCCUAGUGCCGCCCCAUCCCCAAAACCGCCGCCAAGUGCUCAGCCACAUGUAGCAAGGUCCCUUCCCGGUGGUACACAGUUUGAUUUCGAUUCAAGGACGGGCCAACAGCUAACGGCAUCAAGAGCCAAAAGACGACAGUCCAAGGAAGAAAAGGCCUCAAGCCAGAGGAUUCGCAGACGGGGCGGUCCGUGCGACAUAUGUCGCCAUGGGCACCGGAAGUGUGAUCCAUCACAUCCAAAGCCUGGCUCGCUUUCCAGUUCGAAGCUUGGUCCGGGGCGCAAGGCGAAGAAUCAGUGGCAUAGCAAAGUGAAUAUCGCUGAAGGUAACAUCAGCAAACCUGGAAUGCAGAGGUCUAAGCUUGUUCGCUCAGGGGACCACGGCGGUGCAGCUUCUCAGCCAUGCCAUGAGAGCAAAGGAUCAUACCUUCCUAGGGGGCCAACAUCCUCGAAUCGUACCUCGCCACCCGGAAAUUUCCCGGCUUCCCAAUCCAGCGUUUUAUCUGACAGCUCUUUCUUUCCCUUUGGUUCAGUAGCGCCACCAGAUCAGCAUGCAGUCACUCCCUUACCUAUGCGGGCUGCUUCUCCAAAUCCUUUCGGUGUUGAAGAGAUGUGUGGAUCGACAGACACAUCCCUUCUACCCCACAGUCAUUCAGAAAGCGCUCACACCAGGGAAACCCCUCCAAGCUCUGUGGAUUAUUCAAGCCUCUGGGGGAAUAUGGAUGACGAGGCUCCCAGCGUCGACCACCUCAAUACGCAUAGAUACAGCUAUGUAUCACUGGAACAGGUCGAGCUACCUGCUAGCAUAUUCGCCGGCCUUGACGUCGAUUUCACUUCGUUCGAGAUGGAUAUUAUCGGUGCAGGUGAGCAGUUUAUUGGAUCUUCAGUGACCCCUACGUCUAUUCGCCAGGCGUCCCAAUCAACAAUUCCGUCACUCUAA